ACCGCUUUCCCAAUCCUCAUCUUCGUUUACCACUUUCUCUCUCUCUCUUUCUCAUUCAACCUCAACCUCAACAAGACCAAUGGUAAUCCAAUCGCCACCUCAACCUAUCAAUCCCGUCACCGGUUCUCCCCGCAACUUGCAAUCUACCCCAAAUUAUGAACAACAGUCACUCCCAAGAACUUUGACCUCAACCAGCAACAUGAGCGUACCCAGGUCUCAAAACCGCCUGCCCUCUCGAACCCGUCCUUACAUACCCUCUCAGUUCUACCAACAAUCCGAACACUCGCCUCAUCUGCAGCCGAACCGGGAAUCAACACCACUUUCGUUCCAUAGCAGCCAUCAUCAACCUCCUCACUCACGCCCACCCCCAUCCAACCAAGCCAUCCCAAUACCCUCAGCGAUCCCGCCUAUCGUUCCUCAACAAGAUGCUACUCCGCUCCCGACCCUGCCGAUCGUGGUACUCUGCUUUGCAAUGAUAUCCGAAUUCUUAUCUGCCUCCGUCUCCGGUCCAUUUAUCUUCUUCAUGAUCGAAGACUUUGGGGUCGGUGGGGGUGAGGCCGCCGUCGGUUUCUGGGCUGGGAUCGUGUCUUCAGUCUUCUUCUUAACACAGUUUCUGACCUCCUUACUCUGGUCGAACGUAUCUAAUAAACACGGUCGACGGGUCGUCCUCUUCAGCUCCUUACUUGGAAAUGCUAUCACAUUGAUCCUCUUCGGAUCCAGUACCACACUCGGAAUGGCUAUCUGUGCCCGACUCGGUCAAGGUAUCUUCAACGGCGCGAUCGGCGUUGCUCGAGGUGCUGUCAGAGAUCUCACCGAUGCCACCAACGAGGGGUCGGCCAUCGCCUGGAUCGGUUUAUGUUGGGGAAUGGGUGGUAUUGCCGGUCCAAUCAUUGGAGGUUUACUCGAGCAUCCUGCUGAAAACUACCCUGCUUUGUUUGGAAGGUUUCAGUUGCUGAAAGAUUACCCAUACCUGUUACCAUGUACUGUAGCAAGCUCCAUCACUUUCCUUGGCGCAAUCCUCAGUCUCUUCUUGGGCUGGGAUGGAGGCUACCGUACCGGCAAGAUUCAGUUGACGGACUCCAACAAGCUCGACCUGGCUGACCAAUUACUUGACGCUGAAGAGCAAGAGAAUGAAGAAUCACUUGCCUCAAACGUUCCCCGAAGCCACCAAGUCGGUCUUUUGCGACCCUCCAACCUACAAGCCAUGUCGAUGGGCAAUGCUAGUACUCAUUCUCUUGCCACCGCCAACACUUCCAAGGAUCUUUCACGAUCUAUCGUUAUCAAGGAUCCGCUAGCUAUUUCUCGUACCACAACUCGCCAGUCCAACGCUUUCGUACCAGGAUCCGCCUAUGGCUAUGAUCGUAAUUCUACUAUUUCACGGCGACCGUCUAAUUGGCGCCAUUCCGGACACAUGGGUAGUAUCAGAAGUCACCUUUCCACGAUUCAUCGCCGAAAUAGUCGCGCUAUCAGUUUGGCCAGAAGCUUUGGUGAAGGAACUAACUACGCCCCGGAUUAUGAGGACCUCAAUGGCGAAGAAAAUGUGCCCGCUCUAAACUUCGCUCAGCGAUUGCUUUUGGCGAACGAAGACGCCGUCUUUGGUUUACAUGAUGUCUGGUUGGCAGCAGCCACAACACAGGAUCGUGAUGACGAGUACAGUCAAAUGGACGUCGACGAGCAAGAGCCUUGGGACGGCUCGAUUUUUGCGGAUGAUGAUUCCAGAUCAAAUGACCCUGGGACCAGCUUUGAGGACGAGGCAAGUUCAUCUGGCCCCAGCUCAUUUGAUGAACGAGGCCGUUCCUACUUGCUGCAGCAACAGCAUCCUCCCAGUCAACGUUUUCAAUCGCAAUCUUCCAGGCGUCAAAGUGUAGGCACAGGAGCGGCUCGUCAACCAAGGCCUCAAAGCGGACUCAGUCCCCGCCAUUCAUUUGCCGAUGGAUCUAAUCCCUUGCCCCCCGCCAGCGCUGUGCCUCCUUGGCUUGAUCCAAAGAUGAGGACAACCAGUAUGGCAUCUUCCAUCCGACCUGCUAUCUUCGGUAACACCGGACUUGCCACUCCACGGUCCAUGUCACAAGCACCUUUUGCAGCUCCACAAUCCAAAGUCUCAAACACUGCACGUGAAGGGAAUGCUACGUUAACAACGGGUACUGAGCCAGCAACAGCUAAUCUCAGUGUAAUUCCUGAAGGUGGAAUUUCGUCUGGCGGCCAAGCAAGUGAAGCAACCACGAUAGAUGGUAAUCUAGCAUCAAGCAUGGAAGAACUGGAGAAACCAACAGGCUUGUUCAAGCAAUUGCCAUUGGCCAUCAUUGCUCAAUACGCUAUAUUGGCCUUGCAUGGUACCACCUGUGAUCAAAUUUUCAUGUCGUUCUUGGUAACUCCGAUUCGCUCUGGUGGACUUGGACUGUCAGCUGGGCAUUAUGCUGAAUUGAUUGCUGCUAUGUGCAUCGCACAGAUUGUAUUUCAGUUCAGAUUUUACCCCACCGUCGGGCCGCCGCGUGGACAAUUAACCCAUCUCUCGAUGUUUAGAUUAGGGCUGUGUUUAUACAUACCUGUUUACAUGUUACUACCGGAAUUGAGAGGACUUCUGCGAGAGAACCAUAAUGGGUUGGUGAUGUUUGGAAUGAUCUUGUUGUGCACUUUCCGAUGGCUUGGGAACGUUUGUGCUUACACUUCAGUGAUGGUCAUGAUCAAUGCUCAAACUCCUCCUCAUCUGAUCCCCCUAGCUAAUGGGUUAGCUCAGAGUGCUGUGAGUGCGUCUCGAUUCGUUGGCCCUGUCUUCGGAGGAAUGGUGUGGUCUUUUUCGAUCACCCCAUCACCUGAUUACAGACCGUACCCUUUCAACAACUCGUUUGGAUUUUUGGUGGUCUCGAUCAUCUGCUUUAUUGGACUUUCUCUUUCGUUCAAAUUGAAGUAAAUCGAAGAUCCCAAGUCACUCACUGAACUAACCUUGGCAGCCCAACCCAAAGACCUAUCAAUUUGUGACUCCCAAUUCUAUUUGAUAGAUGUACAUAUAAAAAGACCUGUACAGAUUUUUACUUUUUUCUCAUAAUGGCCAGUCAGCUUACUUUCAUCUUCACAAUAAAACUUUUUAAUUAGCUUCAAAAAUUCAGCCGGUGUUAUACUACAACCUCUGUGUGUAUAACCAGUUCAGUUCUUUCCCUUCUAUUCACCUAAUCGUUCAUCUCGAGCUCUGCUCUCUUUUGCCACUCCUCUUCAACCUUCAAUCUUUUGUCUUCAUCACCGUCACCACUUUCAUCAACCUCAUCAUCAUCUUUUUGAUACUUGUAUGAAUAGACUUCAUCAUUGGUUAUAUACACAUUUCCUACGUCUCAUAUACUGCCUUUUUCUUCUUUCUCGCCGCUUCUUUUUCAAGGAUGAUUGUCUUUAACUGCCAAUCCUCGCAUUUUUUUGGUCUUUAGUUUCUCCUCUUUUCUAUCUUUCUGGAUGCUUUCCUGUCCUCCUAUCUCUUAGAUUUUUUGCUUUCUCCUUGUCUCAAUGUUGAUUCCUUUUGUCUUUCCACUUUCAGUCCCAAUUCCAUCCAAUGUUGUG